AGCUGAUGGGAGCUGGGACAUCGGCAGCCAUAGCGCUUUGCAGUUUGAACUAGACGGGUGUAGGGCGGUCGCCAGGUGAGGAACUGCGAUCUCUCCAUUCGCAGACUCUUUGAAAGAGGACUCUUCCCUUACUGCCUCCAGCUACUGACCGUCUGUCCUACUACUUCUCCAUACUGACAGCAACCAGACUCUAUAAGAUUUGGAUAUGUCCUUCAUAUUUGACUGGAUUUACAGUGGUUUCAGCAGUGUGCUACAGUUUUUAGGAUUAUAUAAGAAAACCGGUAUUGUAUUUCUUGGAUUGGAUAAUGCAGGAAAAACAACAUUGCUACACAUGCUAAAAGAUGACAGGCUUGGACAACAUGUCCCAACGUUACAUCCAGUAACUUCAGAAGAACUAACCAUUGCUGGCAUGACCUUUACAACUUUUGAUUUGGGUGGACAUGUUCAAGCUCGAAGAGUGUGGAAAAACUACCUUCCUGCUAUCAAUGGCAUUGUAUUUCUGGUGGAUUGUGCAGACCAUGAAAGGCUGUUAGAAUCAAAAGAAGAACUUGAUUCACUAAUGACAGAUGAAACCAUUGCUAAUGUGCCUAUACUAAUUCUUGGGAAUAAGAUUGACAGACCUGAAGCCAUCAGUGAAGAGAGGUUACGAGAGAUGUUUGGUUUAUAUGGUCAGACAACAGGAAAGGGCAGUGUAUCUCUGAAAGAACUGAAUGCCCGACCCUUAGAAGUGUUCAUGUGCAGUGUGCUCAAAAGGCAAGGCUACGGAGAAGGUUUCCGUUGGAUGGCACAAUACAUUGAUUAACAACCACCUGCAUCGGUUCCAGGUCUCACCAUUCAGGCCUACUCAGAGAUUUGAUCUACUCAACAUGCAUAACUUGAAUUCAAUAGACUUUUGUUGGUUAGAAAACAUGUUUUUUAGAUUAUUAAUAUUAUAUCAACUUAAUUUGAGUGCAAAUUGAAAACUGAUUUAAGUAAGUUUGAGUAUCACAAUGUUAGCUUUCUAAUUCCAUAAAAAUAGUUUAUACAGUUUAUAAUCUGACAUUAUCCCCAGCGCCAUUUAUAAAGAACAACUUUCCAGCAGUACAUUUGAAGCACUUUUUAACAACAUGAAACUACAAAUAUAAACCAUGUUUAAAAGCUCACCGUGUUAAAUUUUUAUGUACUAUUUUGGAACUAGUUUUUAAAUUUUAGAUUAUAUGUCCACCUGUCUUAAGUGUACAGUUAAUAAUUAGCUUAUUGAUGAUUGCAUGAUGCCUUACAGUUUUCAAUAAUAUUUUUUCUUAUGCAAACGUCAUGCAAUAAAACACACCCUGAUGUUUGGCAUUUUUGUUGGACAGAUGUUUCAUUUUAAUGUGUCUUAUCUAGCUAGUAUGCUCUGACAUUUUGAGUAUUUAAUAACAUACGUAUGAGGGGGUUGUGGGGAAAGGAGACCACUUCAGAAUUUUUAGGAUAAUGUAUAAGUCUCUAGAGGUUUUUGCAUUUACCAGGAGACAAGUUGUGUUUAGUUCCACCUUACACCACAUUUAUCUCUGAAUCACUUGUGUUUGUAACAGUAAUGCUACCAUUAUUAGGUGCUGAUGGGGUCCACCUCCUAGUUUCCAUGGGAUCGGUCUUUUGAAGAAAAGCACAUCUGGUACAACACAAGGGCUUGAUAGGCCCUAUAGCUCCAUCCCAGUUGUCUGAUUCUGAAGUGUUCCAAACUUACUGGUGUCCAGUUCGGUUAUUUGUGCCUUUUCACCAAAAGUAGUGACAGGCACCAGUCUCCCCACAUUUAGAGGUACCCCCCACUCCCUUUUACAUAAUGGUACUGCCAGGGCAAGCAACAAGUAGCACCUUGUGCGUAGUUUCAUUGUGGAGGCCUGUGUGUGUGAGAGAGGAAGCCUGUUCUGCCUUGUGAGCUGCACGGGGAUUCUGGUCCUGUCCUAUAGCUUUUUUGCAUUGUUUGGCAUAUUUUAUUUCUCAGUAGAAAUAAAUGAAUGCUUGUGUUUGAUUUUCCUUUUUCUUAAUUGCUCUCAGCUCUUACUUUUAUAGCACAAAGGCUUUUGUUUUUAGAAGUAAUGCCUUCCAAGUGAUAGUGUCUGCAAGCCUCACUGAUAGACUAACAUUUUAGGUAGGUUUUAAAGCACUUUAAUUUUCUAAGAAAUUGAGUUUGUUUGUUUUUUUCCAUGAGGUUCUGAGAUUCCCAUAAUUACUGAAAUAAGCUGAAAGGUAAGUGCCAAAUAUGUAUUUUUAAAGACUCAAACUUAAGAGAGUUCUCUCUUGGUUAUAAAUGAGGAUUUUAUAGUAUAUUUCACCAAUUCCAUUGAGAGUACAUUGCUCCAAUUCCCUCAAGAAUAAUUUUAAUAACAGAAUUAGUGUUUUCUUUAGCUUUUUUCCAAAUCAGUUAUAGUUCUGUCAUUAAUACUGGAACAUCUGAGACAGAUAAGGAUCUUAGGGAUAUGACUGAAAGGAAAUACCAGUUAGCUAAACCAACAAGGUCAUUGCAACAUGACCUCCGGUUUUAGUAAUAACAGCUUUUCUGUUUCACUUUAACCUUCCUUUCAAAAAAAGAGCUUCUUCCCUGCUUAGAAUCAUCAGUAGCAUCAUGGGAAAAGGAGGGAAUGACAUACCAACCUGUUGGUUUAUCCUGCCACAUGUAAUUCAAGUACUCACUAUUCUAGGGGCACCUGACUGGCUCAUUUUGUGGAACAUGUGACUCUUGAUCUUGGGGUUGUGAGUUCAAGCCCCACACUGGGUGUAGAGAUUACUUAAAUAAAUAAAACUAAAACAAGUACUUCCAAUAUCCUGACAACAGAACUGCGCCUUAUUAAAAGUAACUGCCUCUCAUUGAUACCUGUCUUGAAUACCUUCGGGGACAUGCAUUUUCUUUCAAGUAUUUCCUUAUAUUGUGAUAUUGAGAAGUUAAUUAUUUGUAUCAUAAAUUGGUGUAAAGGAAAAACCUUACUAGUUUCUCUAAAGGGGAGAAAUGCUUUCUGGUACAAAAUAAAUCAUUCCAAAAUUCUCAUUUUAGUUCUGACCCUGGAUCAAAGAAACAAAGUCAGUUGUGGAGCACAACUAAACUGUGGCUAUUUUCCCAAUGAUACAGGAUUCUUACGGCCUGAACAUUCAGAAAUGAAGCUGCGCAUAGCAGCAACUGGCUUUCCCCCCAGCUCCGGGGAGAUGGACCCUAGUCAUCGGGUUUCCCACCUCACUCUUCCAGCUCCUCGGAACACAUCCACUGAGUCACUGCUCCCCUUCAAGAGAAGCAUAUUAAGAGAAUGGCAAGAGACAGAAGCACGUGGGGAAAACGUGCUCUCUAUGCGCUUGUGCAAGUGUGUGCGCCUGUGCAGUAUUUUGGGGGUAAAUGGUAGCACUGGGGACAUAGAUUAAUUAUGUACCUUUUACCAUAAGUUGUGAAAAUGUAUACAAGUUAAAACUGGAUUCCAUAUAAAUCAGGCACUGCUCAAAAGAUGUGUUAAAAUCUUUAGUCUAAAGCUCUAAAAGACAAGGUCUCAGCCUACAUUUCUCAUUUUAAUGAAACCCUUAACCCCACACCUCUUUUCAAGGACUGCUGUUAAUUAUAUUUCCAGGUAACUUUUUAGAUUGAUUCCAGUUUGUCUUUAUCAGUGAAUUUUUUAGAAUGGAGAUCAUAGCAUUUUUUUUAAAUUGGGGCAAGACAUUUCCUAAAAUAUAUGAAAAUAAUUCUUCACUAUUGGCUUGGUUGACCCAGUAUCUCUGAAUGCCAAAGAUGUAUGAAAUCCAGAUGUUGCCUGCAUAGAUGUAAUGUUUAGUUUUGUGUGCCUGUGUUUAUAUAUACAUUUACUGUGGUUUACAGUGUUGUUUCUUUUCCUUAGUUUUGAACCAACUCACACUUCUUCCUAGUGCUUUCCAGCACAUAAACUACUUGUAAAAUCAUUAAAAUAGGGUAAUAGCUGUGAUAAUCUGCUUCUAGCCUUCUGCAAAAUGACUUGAUCAGCCACAUUCAAAACACAGCAUUUUCACAAGUUCCAUCAUUAAAAGCAGUGUAAUUCUAGUUGACAUGAUUUGAGAGUUGCAGGAGAAAGGUUUACAUGUUCUGAAACUGCACUGGUUGUGACUCAGUGUGGCAUUUGUCUUGAUAGUCAUGUGAUUCAAGUUUGCAAGGAUUUAUUGCCAAACUUUGACCAGAGUACAAUGAGAAUAGCUAAUAUGAAGGGAAUGCUCUCAAAAUAUCUUGUGUUCAUUUUACUUAGAGUAUAUUGUUUGGAUCAUUUUAAACCUAUGUAAAAGUUGGUGAAGCUUCAAAAAAAUCUCCAAGAAACCAUGAAAAAAAAAAAAGAUUAGCAAAUAAAAAUUCCUUAAUGCAAAAUUAAUGGUGAAUUGAGGUUUUCUGUAAACCUUUCAUAUUUUUUUGCUGUAAAUCUAAGAGUUCAGAACAGUGUAUCUUCAAUUAAGGUCUAAAUUCUCAAAGCUACAUGGUGAUGCUUCUGAUGGCUUCCAUCACUGUUCUUUGGAAAUGCAAAUUAGUGCUUUUUAAUCCCCGCCCCCCCCGCCCCCCCCCCCCCCCCCCCGCCAAGGAACAAUCGAACAGUCUAGGAAUAUGGGACUGUGCCUCUGUGCAAAGUGAUUGGGAUUUUGUUAAAACCGUGUUUCCACUCCUGAUCCCUGAACCAUCCCCCCUCACACACUCCCUCACCACAGCUAGAUAAAAAGUAUGAAGGGAAUCUACAGAGUCUAUUGAAGAUGUAGCUCUGAACCAACACAUUUUUGUUCUCAUAAUUCAGAUUAAGUAACUAAAUGCAUUUAAUACCACUGAUUGAUUGUUCAGGGAUUUGACCACACUUUUAAAUAGAAUCAAAAGUAAUUACAGUAAGCAAAUUUAUCCAAAGUAAACUUUGUUUCAGGAGCAUCCUUGCCCCAAAUAGAUUUUAGGGCAGAAAUGGGAAGAAAACCUUUUGAGUAAUUUCACACCGAGUUAUUGUUGCAAAAGCUGCAGUGGACUGGAUGAAUUCUUCUUCAGCAUGCAUUUUAAAUGGGGAAGGGAGAAUUCGAAUUAAUUUCAGUUUUAAGUAUUUUGGGGAAAGAGGGGGUGAUAGUUCUACAGCUUUUGACAUACAAGUGGUCUUUGGAAUUGUUUUCAUUAUCAAGUAUAAAGAUUCACAUCAGAAUGGCAAACUUCACGUGGGUUUCUCUAUUCCCUGGUGCUGCUUCUAACCUGAACUCAUCAUCAGUUGACAUACUGAGGUGAUAGCACUCAGGGUGAAUGUAGACAUGUUACUUUGAAAGUGAUCAAAGUGUUUUUCUGUGGUGAGGCCUUCAGUAUUUGACUGAAUGAGGGGUAUGUUGAAGUGGUUAAGUCAGGGUAAGUUUUUCAUCACUAACCUUGUUUGCACUUUUGUACACCACUGCUUGCACUAGCAUCUCAGUGUGAAUUUUAACAAUGGUUUUACAGUGUAUACAGAUUAAGCAUAAUUUAUAUAAAGAUGUUUCUGUUUACCUUUAUUUUACAAAGAACAGCUACAAUAGAUGGUUAAAUGUUCUUGAAUUGUGUUUGUAUGUGAUUUUGAUUAUGUUCUAUUAUCAUUCACCCCCUAUGAAUUCGAGUGUCAGGAAUAGAAAAAUAAAAUGCUAACAUGGUCUUUGAAAAA